AUGGAGCGGCCGGGGAGCAACGGCAGCUGCCCAGGCUGCCGGCUGGAGGGGGGCCCGGCGGCGGGAGCCGCCACCGGCCUGGCGGCCGUGCUUAUCUUCACCAUCGUGGUGGACGUGCUGGGCAACGCGCUGGUCAUCCUGUCUGUGCUGCGGAACAAGAAGCUCCGCAACGCCGGCAACAUCUUUGUUGUCAGCUUGUCCGUUGCAGACCUCGUGGUUGCAGUUUAUCCCUACCCCCUGAUCUUAAGUGCCAUCUUCCACAAUGGAUGGACCAUGGGAAACGUCCACUGCCAGAUAAGUGGGUUCCUGAUGGGCUUGAGUGUCAUCGGGUCCAUUUUCAACAUCACGGCGAUCGCCAUCAACCGCUACUGCUACAUCUGCCACAGCCUUCGGUACGACAAGCUCUUCAACCUGAAGAACACCUGCUGCUAUCUCUGCCUCACCUGGACGCUCACGGUGGUGGCAAUUGUGCCAAACUUCUUUGUUGGCUCCCUGCAGUAUGACCCGCGGAUUUACUCGUGCACCUUUGCCCAGACGGUGAGCACGUCGUACACCAUCACGGUGGUGGUGGUUCACUUCAUCGUCCCGCUCUCCGUCGUGACCUUCUGCUACCUGCGCAUCUGGAUCCUGGUGAUUCAAGUCAAACACCGCGUGAGACAAGACUGCAAGCAGAAACUCAGGGCGGCUGACAUCCGAAACUUCUUGACUAUGUUUGUGGUUUUUGUCCUUUUUGCUGUGUGCUGGGGACCAUUAAAUUUUAUUGGCCUUGCUGUUUCAAUUAAUCCUUCAAAAGUGCAGCCACACAUUCCGGAAUGGCUUUUUGUCCUGAGCUAUUUUAUGGCCUAUUUUAACAGCUGCCUCAAUGCUGUGAUCUAUGGACUUCUUAACCAGAAUUUUCGGAAGGAAUACAAAAGGAUAUUGCUGACACUGUGGACUCCCAGGCUGCUGUUCAUUGAUGUGUCCAAGGGUGGGACAGAAGGGGUGAAAAGCAAGCAUUCUCCAGCCAUAACAACCAACAACAACCACGCUGAAAUACACCUAUGAGUCAGGACUACUAUUUAUUCUGGAUUACAGUUGUAUAUAUAAUACAUAAGAGCCUUUCUAGCUGUGUGCAUUGCACAGCUGGCGUUGCCCUCAUGCAAGGAAGGAGUCUGCAACCUUUCAUGCUUGGCUUAUUGCUGUGACAUCAAGGCUUUGAAUAAGGAUUUCCAGAAGGGAAAUAACUGAUUUUUUUUUAAUAUGUCAUCUUUCACUGUGUGCCUAAUUAAUCGGUUUGGUUGCUUUUGCCACGAGCAUGCCAAUACCCGAAAAGGGAAGCGUUCAGAGUGCAUGGAGAAAUGCAGUUAUGCUUGAAAUGCAACCUUCGAGAGGCAGAAAAAUUGCCAUUUAUUACACACAAACCUUUCUCCCCUCCCUCUGAAUUCUAUUUUUCUAGCAUUAACUUAACCUGAACUGUAUCAAACAAAGUGUAAACUGCAUGGCUUUUUACAUUAUAGAUAAGUAACUGUAUUAGCCAGCAGGUGUAUGUAUGGGCAUGGUGUGUGUUUUCCUUUUUCUUUUCUCUUAAGGUUUAGGAGCUAGCCUGGGCUAGAUGUGAGGCAGGCAGAAGCCAGACCAGUGUGUGUCUGAUGCACUCAUUUUAAUUGAGUAUCUACAGACAUUAAGUACCCCUGCACUCUCCUUCCCAGGCCAUGAGUAAGUUUAUGACAUAUGACAUAAUCUAAUUGCAGUAAGAUACUUGGAGCCUGAUUCUAAUUUAGGCAGUAUCUUAUCAUGGCCAGCAGUCAUUCCAAACAUCUUUCAAUAGUCACUGCUACAUGAACAUCACAGUAAAAAAGAUGAACAUAGCACGGUCCCAUCUGUGUAACACAGAUUGCGACUUUUAAGUUCCAGUAACAUUUACACUUGCAGACAAAGGCAGAAGGGGAAGGCAGUGUUGUUACAAAAAUCCUUUUUUUUGCACAUCACAGAACAUGAAUUUGCUGAUGGGAGAAAAAGUGGAGGUUGUUUUCCCAUUUUAUUCACGUACAGAGCUGUAAUUAACUCACAGAGUGGGGAGACGAAAGCUGCUUAAGCAUAAUUAUGCAUCAGUUCUGUUUAAGCCUGGACUGUGCUAUCUGUAUCACUGGAAACCAUGUCAUGAAGUUCUGGGGAAGCCAGUAUCACAUUAGACAUAAGCACAUGGGCAAAGAUAAGGCUGUUUUUUAAUGGACUAUGAAAGGGGUGUGUGUGUGUGAUGGCAGCUGUCUAUAGGUAGGACUUCUUUGUUUCCUUAGCUUCAUUGUGAAUUCAUCUCUUUAUGGCUUUAAAUGUGGAUCCUGCUUUGAAACAAUCCCAUAAAAUGACCAGGUAAGACUCCCCUGGUGCAACUGUACCUUCAGGUGAGCAGCCCUGCCUUGAAGCUGGUGUGCUGAGGGGCACAGCAGGGAGAGGGGCAGCUCUGAGCCCUGGGGGUCUAACGAGGACAGCAGGCAGUCCUGCCCCUGCUCCAGGACUGCACUCUUCUCUCUUUGGUUCUAGUCAGGACUAGUUCCCAGCACUGAGCCUGAAAGACUGAGACCAGACUUCGCAGGCUCCUGGAGAUGUAUGCAGGAUUUCCCCAAAGCCUGAGCAGGCAGUGUGCCUAAUCCUUAGUGAAAAUAAUAAGCCAUUUGUGCACUGCUUUCUGAAACCAACUUGCUGCUGAAUGUCCCUUCUGCUGAUUUUUUUUGGGGAAGAGGAAUUGAGAGAAAUUAAGGCUCUUUCUGAAGUGGGCCAAGGAACUUUGCAUGCUGCGUUGCCUCCAUGAGGACCGAGUGUCUCUGCUGCCAUGUGGUGAAGGUCACUGCAGUAACAGGGGGGCCCUGCAUUAAUAGGGUGCCCUGGCACUUAGGAAGUUUCAAACUUGAACAUCUCCGCCACUUCAGAUGAAUGUUGUUUUAAAAUGCACUGCAGCCAGCCUCCCAUAAUAGGAAUCAAACUGAGUUCUGUUUUGGCCUCUUAAUCUGUCUCAGCAUGGCCAAAUAAAGGUAUUUUGACCCUCAGAAAUAACUGUUGUCUGUUCGCCUUCCAGAAAAACCACCCUGGAUGAAUUCACACCAUUCCAUGCAAGCAAAAUCAUUUUGAAUUAAACUUGGAUAAGAAAAGCACUGAGGGCACAUAGCUGCAGGGAGUGUUUGUCCCAUCACGCCUGGGAGAUGUCCCGUGUUCCAUGACUUGCCUUCAAAGUCAUUUGCAAUUAGCCACAACAGUGUUAGUUAGAAUCACAUUAGCAAAUUAUUUGAAGCAUCUAGUGCCAAGUGAAAUAUUCUGCUUUAAGACAAUUGUGAAGAAUCUUGUGCAAGUUUGCCAAAUAUCUCAAAUAUCCCAAAGCUGGGGUUUCAUUUUAGGAUUCUUGUCUUUUUAACUGAAUGUUCAGUGGAGGAAAUGUGGGGGGGGUUUAUUAUUAUUUUAUUCCUUAAGCUUGUAUUUGCACUAUUUCCUAUUCAGGCUCCAAAGUUAACAGCCAGCAAGUAUUUGAACCAAACCAAGUCCAAAGAGGUCCUGAACAGGCAAGCUGUGAGAGUCCCUUCUCCAGCUGGCAGGAAUGGGAGCAGCAGGAGCACGAUAGGGCAUCUCCCCAGGACUCACAGAGUCACCACUCAACCAAACUAUGCAAAAUGAUCUGCUCCUGUUGUGCCACAGGCUCUGAGCCCAGCUGCUGCCCAGAUCUCUGCCAGGUGAGGUACCAGGGGCCAGGUGAGGUACCUGCAGUGCUGGGGUGGCUCUGGCACAGCCUGCUCAGAAGGCUCUGGCUGUCCCAGGGAGGUGCCAGGGCUGGGCUGGUUCAGCCACCGUGGCUGGAGGCUUGAGCUCAGUCUGCUGGAGCUGAGGUUUGCCAUAUGAACCAUGGGAAGCAGGGAAUGUAGCCUCAAAGAGGAAACACUGUGCAGUUUGUUAGCACUUUGAGAGAGGCAGCGCUUAGGAUAGCAUGGAGUUUUAUAUUGACUUAUUAAACUACCCAAGCAGCUCCUUAUUUUUAUGUUAGGAAAUGGUUAACAGGGUACAGAGAGUUUAUUUUUGUUAGCAUUUGUUUACAGAAAAAGGGAAGUGUGUAUUAGCUGAGAAUUCUGAGCAGUGUCACAGUUUCCCUAUGGGAAUCUAGCUUUAGUCCAAAUUUGAGAUUUCAGUGAGAUCCUACAAUUUUAAUUGCAUUCUGCCAGUUCCACCUGUUGCAUAUCUGGCCUUAAGUCUCAUUGAGAUUUCAUAAACUAGUUUCAAAUCACUUGCUCUGGGUUUGAUAUGGUGUGUUGAAUAUCUAUUCUAGUCUCAAGCUCUAAAAUUGUUGUGGUGGAAACUUCUGGAGAGGAAGUAUUGCUGUGAAGAAAGAUUAAUCUCUUGCCACAAAGAAAUAUUUUUGGAUGUUGCUAAUGAAUGUUGUUUCAUCAAUUUAAGAAGAAUGUAACCAAUAUAUUUAUAUAUAAAUGUAUAUUGUAUAUACUGUUUCCACUUUAAUGUUUAAUUGAGAAUCCUUCAAUAUACUUUCCUCUUGCCAUUUUUGUUCAUAAAAUAGAUUAAUUCCCUUUACCUGUUAAAAGUGUAAUAAAUCUGCCAUUGGACUAUUUACUGAUUUUUUUUUCUCCAGUAGCAGUUACUUUUUAAUAAAUAUUUGGAACAUCA